GUGACCUAAUAUAGCAUAUAUUGGUACAACAAAUACAAAUGCCUUAGUAUCGACUAGACAUGUAUCCACGCAUAGGGUUAUCCUAGAAUGAUAAAUCAAGAGGCUCAUUCCCCCGCCUCUCGUGUAAGGGUCUGGUGUCAGCACGGCAAGAUUUAGUGACUCUAAGUUCUCUCAUUCUCUCCCUCCCUCUUCCUUUACCUUUUCUUUCCUACCCCUCCUCAUUCUGUCAGCUAGUUUCGCAGUAUAUUAUUUGCUAGUAUUUAUUCGCCAAGUGACUCACAAGCAGUCAGUCAUCUUUUUGAGAGAUAGUGGCCACAUACAAAGGUGGACAUAGGUAUUAAUAAGGGAAAGGAUCUCCGGUCUUCGGAUAACACACUAUACACACCAAAAGGUUUCCACAAUGAGUAGAUACGGUCGGUACUCUGAUGAUGAGGACGACCUUGACAUCCGCGUUAGGCGUCAUCAUGGCUCAUCACCUCACCCUCCUCUCGCCAACUAUGUCGAGGCCCCACGUCCAGCAUCAACACGACCUCGCUAUUAUGAGACAAGUCCCCGCUUUGAGGAUCGCUUUUUGGUUCCAUCAAACGAGCGCACCGUUGUGACCACACGACGAUCUCACUCGCGUGACCGUCGCACUUCCUCACCAGAACCCAGGGGGUCACCACUCGCACCAACUACUCCCGUGAUUAUUAACAAUCGCAUUUACAACAAUUCCGACUCGGAAUCUAUAAGCGACUCGGACUCAGAGAGAGAGUACGCUAAGAAAUCCCGGUCUCGAUCCCACCACCGUCAUCGCGCGCACUCACGUGGCUCGUCGGGUAGCUGGUCCCUUGAUCGAGAGCGUGAGAAGGAGAGAGAUCGUGAACGUGAGCGCGAGCGCGAACGAGAUAGGGAAAGAGAACGCGAACGGGAGCGUGAGCGUGAGCGGGAUCGCGAGUUGGAGCUAGAGCGCAACCAAUAUGCCCUCGAGCACGUGCGUAUGGAUUAUGAGAAGGAGCUUGAAGUGAGGCGGCGGGACUACCAGAAGGAACUGGAGAACCGAAGACACGAGUAUGAAUUAGAGCAUGCGCGCAAAGAGCUAGAAGAACUUAAGCUCGCAGCGCAAAUCGAACAAGAUGAGAAGAGGCGAAACAAGACCAUCCAAGAGGAGCGCGACUUGCGCGAGGCCAAGAAAGAGCUCGACAGGAUCCGCGCUCAAAAGGAGCAAGACGAAUAUGAGCGUCGUGUCAAACAAAAGCUCGAACUUGAGCGUCUAAAGGAGGAAGAGGCCGCCUUGGCCGAGAAGAAGCGUCGCGAGAAGGAAGCCAAGGAGGCUAUUGAGAAAUACAAGAAAGAAGAGGCAGAACGUAGGGAGCGCGAAAAGAAGGAAGCUGCGGCUAAAGAAAAAGAGUACAAGGCCAAGAUGCAAGAGCAACUACUCAAGUCCGGCCUUGACGAAAAGGAGAUCAAUGCUAUCCUAGCCGGCGAGAAAGUUCGUAAGGAAAAAGAGAAAGAAAAAGAGAAGGAGAUGAUGCAAAUUCAGCACAUCCAGCAAGUUGAGGAGACUCCCCGACCUGUGUAUACACGUAUGGCGAGACGCCACCUCUCGAUUGAAACCCUGAGGGCUUACAACAUCGACUUCCAAUUUGAUCCCGAUCCUGAAUAUGUCUUGAUCAAGAGAUGGGUGCCAGAAGAAGAACAAGAUAUUCUCUGGCGUCACACCAAGAUCAUCCGAGAGAAGAAGGCUGGAUCUAGCAAACUCAUUAUGUCCAUCGAGGAUAGAGACAGGAGAAAGCACCACCACCACCUCGAACCCGAGUUCGAAUGGGUUCGUAAGAAGGAACGCAAGCGGAGUCGUUCUCCUUCUCUACUGAUGUACCUUGCCGGUGCCAAGCCAGCGUAACAAUGGAAAUAUUGAAGUUUUGCAUGGAGGUGGACGACCGCUGCUAUAUGCAGUUGACGAACAGCUAUGCCAGUUUCCUACUCAUGUCAUGAGAUGAUAAGAGUGAAGUGAUCAUAGGGGACGAGAGUAAUACCCAUCUCAAAGA